AUGUCAGUCGGAGCGGAGCGGGGCCGGGCGGAGGAGCCUGGAUGGGGAGCGCGGCCGGGUGGUAGCGGCGGCGGGUGCGGAUCUGGACGGGGCCCGGCUCAGGUAUUCAGAAUGAAUCUGGAAAAGCUCAGCAAGCCAGAACUACUGACACUAUUUAGUAUUCUUGAAGGAGAACUAGAAGCAAGAGAUCUUGUCAUAGAUGCCUUAAAGGCCCAGCACAGAAACACUUUCAUUGAAGAACGCUAUGGAAAGUACAACAUCAGUGACCCAUUAAUGGCUCUGCAGAGAGAUUUUGAGAUGCUGACGGUGGGAAAUCAUGGCGAAAAGCAACCAGUUUGCUCCAAUCCUUUGUCUAUCCUAAAAGUAGUGAUGAAACAUUGCAAGAAUAUGCAGGAAAGAAUGCUCUCUCAACUAGCUGCUGCAGAAAGCAGGCACAGAAAGGUGAUACUGGAUCUUGAGGAAGAGAGGCAGCGGCAUGCCCAAGACACUGCUGAAGGAGAUGAUGUCACCUACAUGUUGGAGAAGGAGCGGGAGCGGCUGACUCAGCAGCUGGAAUUCGAAAGGACCCAAGUGAAAAAAUUUGAAAAAGAGCAGAAGAAGCUGUCGAGCCAGUUGGAGGAAGAGAGGGCACGCCACAAGCAGCUGUCCUCCAUGCUUGUGCUGGAGUGCAAGAAAGCCACAGCCAAGGUAGUGGAAGAGGGACAGAAGGCAGGGGAGUUGAGCUUGAAACUGGAGAAAGAGAGGAGCAAAGUGAGCAAGCUGGAGGAGGAGCUGGCCUCCAAGAAGAAGCGGGGUUUGCAGAUGGAGGCACAGGUGGAAAAGCAGCUCUCCGAGUUCGACAUUGAAAGAGAACAGCUGAGAGCCAAGCUGAACCGAGAAGAGAACCGGACAAAGGCACUCAAGGAAGAGGUGGAGAGCCUGAAAAAAGCCCUGAAAGAACUGGAGGUUCCUUGCCAGGGCACCAACCCUGCUGAGCACUCACAACAAAACCCCUCAAUGAUGUCCAGAGGUAUAGAAACAGAGAGCCCACUGGUGAGGUCUGUGUCUUGCCAGACAGAAAGUUCCCAGGCAGACAGAACCAAUCUGGGCAAUGCAGGCAUAACUGCACACAUGGCCCUUCCCAGCCCUGCCACACCUACCCAUCCCUAUGCUAAAGCAAAUGGGCACUGUGACACAGACAUGCAAACAAGUGGUGACCUAGUGCAGACAGACAUAGCAGAGAACCAGGCACUGCUGAGAGAGAAGCCCGUUGGUCCAGUCCCAGAAAGUGCAGUUGAGAAUGGAAGUUCCCCUGUAAGAACAGAAUCUCCUGUGUAUAUGAUCCCACAGCUUCCUUCUGGUGGGACGUCUCUCUCUCCCAGCAGCACAGCUGCCUCAUCUCUGACAUCGUCUCCAUGCUCGUCCCCAGUUCUGACUAAACGUUUGGUAGGAACGUCAGGAAAUAGCCCUGGUUACCAGUCGUCCUAUCAGGUGGGGAUCAACCAACGUUUCCAUGCUGCCAGACACAAAUUCCAGUCCCAAGCUGAUCAGGACCAUCAGUCGAGUGGCCUGCAAAGCCCACCAUCGAGGGAUUUGUCUCCUACCCUUGCAGACAACUCCGCUGCCAAGCAGUUAGCCCGCAACACAGUCACUCAGGUUCUUUCCAGAUUCACCAGUCAGCAGGGACCUAUAAAGCCAGUCUCUCCGAAUAGUUCGCCCUUUGGCACAGACUAUCGGAAUCUGGCCAACGCUGUGAGUCCAAAAAGCGAGUCUAGCCCAGGCAAAGUUUCUAGCCCGCUGAGCCCAUUGUCUCCUGGAAUUAAAUCCCCAACAAUCCCUAGAGCAGAAAGAGGGAACCCUCCACCUAUUCCUCCAAAGAAACCUGGCCUGGCUCAGUCCCCGGCAACUCCUACCCCACUAACCAAAACCCCUUCCCAGGCAUCCUCUCUUGGUGCCACCAUGGACUUGGCAAGUAGCUGCUCUAACGAUGCUGUAGUAGCAAACGGUAAAGACAUUGAGAUACUGUUGCCAACUAAUAGCUAG